UAUAGAUCAGUUACAGUAAAAAUAGCGGGUAAAUAUUUUUGGGAAGAAAGCAUCUCAAUUUGACAUCUCAUACACGUACAAACGUAACCCACCAACCAACCGACGCUCCAUUAAGAAGAAGCCUUUCUUCUUCAUCAUCAAUUUUCAGCUCAUUGCUCUGCACCUUCCUUUUUUUGUAUUUUUGUAACAUACACAUAUUGCGUUUCCUCUCUUUAUUUUUGUUAGAUUAGAUAAGAAUAUUCAGAGAUCGAAUUGCUGCUAUUGUAAUUUUUCUGAAAAAAUUAUGGAUGAAUUUGGCGUUUUGGUUGAGAGAUAUGGCGUCAAAGUUCAGGGAGCCAAGUCAACACCUAUGGCUAAUUUGAAGGCGAAAAACAAUUCCAGCAAUGGUUUUCCGUCAAAUCUCGGGUUUAAUUCGGGUCAAAACACCGGGUACAGCUCCGGGGAUCCCUUUGCGAAUGAUCUCGAUGGAAUUUUCCGGUCUAAGACUUCACAGAACUAUGAUGAUAAUGAUAUUUUUGGAGGUGUGUUUGCAAAUUCAAAGCAGCAGCAGAAUAAUGUGGAUAUUGAAUCAGUAUUGGGAGGUUGGAGUUCGGGUAAUAAUAAUAACUAUGCUAGUAAGAAUGUGAAUGAUGAUUUUGAUUUGUUUGGUACGGAACCAAAGAGGAGUGACUCGAUUGAUGAUUUGUUUGGGAAUUUGGGAUUGAAAUCGGAUGGUUUGAAGAAAAAUCCUGCUGGAAAGAGGUCAGAAAGUGAUGAUUUGAUUCCUGGAUUUGGUGAUUUUAGCUCCCCAAGUUAUAGCAAAAAAUCAGACCCGAGGAGUCCUCAGCAAUCGAAUUCUUCUAAAUCAAGCUCCUCUUCACCAGAUGAUCCAUUUUUGGUUUUUGAAUCAUCCACCAGUGAGGCAAAUGCUUCUUCUUGGCCAUUUUCAGAAUCAUCGGAACAUCAUAAUGGAAGUAAUCCUGUGACAUCUUCAAUUGACGAACUUGAAGAUUUUGCCAAUUUUAAGGUUAGGAGUGAUACAACUGAACUACCACAUGUUCCUAAAAAGGACUCCUCUGUAAAGAAUCCUGUGGACAGAGCACAAGAGAAGUCCAAAAAUGUGAGAGUGACAAUCAACAAACCGAGCAAUAUGACAAAGCCAAAAUCUGCAGCUGAGGGCCAUAUGUCUGCAGGUUUCCAUAAGAAGGGAAGGCCAGAAGAAAAGAAGUCAUCAUUGAGUAAAAAGAACGUGUCGCCUGUGAAAAACCUUGUCGAUGACUUAAUGUUUUUUGGAGACUCUGCUCCUUCCUCUGAGGCAUUUCAGGAAGUUGAGGAUGAAAGUGAAGAAAGAAGAAAUGCUAGGUUGAAACAUCAUUUGAAGACCCAAGAGCGCAUGGCUAAGGCUUUGGCUGAGAAGACUCAGCGUGAUCUUCAGUCUCAGAAUGAGCAGGAAGAGAAGCAUAGGCUUGCUGAUACGCUGAACUAUGACAUAAAACGUUGGGCUACUGGAAAGGAAGGCAACCUCCGGGCGUUGCUGUCGUCACUACAACAUGUAUUGUGGCCUGAAUGCGGUUGGCAGCCAGUUUCAUUGACUGAUUUGAUCACUUCUAUAUCUGUCAAAAAAAUUUAUCACAAGGCAACUUUAUGUGUCCACCCAGACAAAGUUCAACAAAAAGGGGCCACAGUUCGGCAGAAGUAUAUUGCUGAGAAGGUUUUUGAUCUUCUCAAGGAAGCAUGGAAUAAAUUCAACUCAGAGGAGCUAAGAUGAGUUCGAACUGCUUUAAAAACUCCUUACUGAAAGCAGAUAAUGAACUGUCCUUGCUUGGAAGUGAAGCAACGAUGUACGAAUGUUGUAAUAGUUGUGCGAAUCUGCUCGACUUUACUGUUUUGGUGGACUGACACGAUACUUAGUUGCUUCACCGGGAAUUAGUGCUAUCACGAAUGUGCAUGUUUACAAUCUCCGGCUAUGUAUUUAAAACCGAGUAGAUUUUUGUUCGUGUGAUUUUUAUUU